CGAUUGAGAGUGUAGAUCGCACGGUAGGCACCAAUAAUGUGUAGGCUUCUCCGUCCGGCUUAUACACAGCCUUGUGGUCUAGAAGGCGUUAGACUCUUGGCAGCCAUCUAUGGAAUACCUUUUCGGAGGGCUAUUAAGUAAUCACUUCAUGUCACACGCUUGAAGUGAUCCAAGACGGUUGGCUCGUCAUUGCUCGAGACAAUGGCGUCUAUCUUGCGAGUUGUCGUCAUUUGCUGGCUUUUCUUACCUUUCAUCAACGCUUCGGAUGUGGCUACCGAGCGAUGUCUCACCUCGUGCGAGACCACUGGGCCCAACCCGUCUAAUUGGAUACACGUUCACUGGCGCGAUGUGUUCAAUAAGUGUACGACCCCAUGUUGUUUGAGUUGAACCUGUACAGCCAGAUCUUCGACACCACAAGACAUUUCGACAUCUUAGCUUGCACGGCUACUAAGGCACAGCCGGGUGUGGACUCAACACAGAGGCUACAAACACGACACUCAUCCAUUUCAGGCUGUCUCUCUGAU